AUGGCGAGCUCCUUCCUGCAGGGAGUGGAGAUCUCUGCCUCGCAGUUCCUGGACAUCUUCCAGCAGUACGACCACGAUGGUGAUGGAUACAUCGAAGGCAAAGAGCUGCAGAGUUUCAUUAGAGAACUUCAAGAGGCUCGAGAGCAGGCAGGACUGGAUCUGACGCAGCAGAUGAAGGAGUUUGUGGAGGAAUCUGAGAAGAACGCAGGCAGGAGGAUCGGACUCGUGGAGCUGGUGCAGAUCCUGCCGGCGGAGGAGAACUUCCUGCUGUUCUUCAGGCAGCAGCUGCAGUCGUGCGCUGAGUUCAUGCAGGCGUGGCGCCGCUACGACGCCGACCACAGCGGCUACAUCGAGGCCGACGAGCUCAAGAACUUCCUGAAGGAUCUGCUGCUGAAGGCUCAGAGGUCGUACGACGACAGGAAGCUGGACGAGUACACAGCUGCCACCUUGAAGAUUUUUGACUCAAACGGAGAUGGAAAGCUCUGUCUGGCAGAAAUGGCCAGGCUGCUGCCAGAGGAACAGAACUUCCUGCUCAGGUUUCAGGGAGUGAAGAUGCAGAGGAAGGAGUUCAAUAAAGUGUUUGAGCUCUAUGACCGGGAUAAGAGCGGCUACAUGGAUGAGACGGAGCUUGACGCCUUGCUCAAAGAUCUGUGUGACAAGAACAAGAAGGCUCUGGAGCUGGACGACCUCCCACUCUACAGGUCGUCCAUUAUGGCGCUGGCGGACGGAGGGAAACUCUACAGGGCGGAGCUCGCUCUGAUCCUCUGUGCCGAUGACUGA